AUGGCUAGUUACAGUCAGGGCGUUGACAAUCCUGCGACAACACGAGUUACCGGUAGAGCUGAGCUGCCUGUAUCUACUACAGACUGGAGGUCCACGCAAGCUCGAGGUCAAUUUAUUCCUUUGCAUGGCUUGGACUUCCUCAUUGGAGCUACCAGUCUGCUCAUACAGCAAACUGUUGAACUUGAUGACAUGACUGCACGAAUCGAUUCUGAAAACCGAUACAUCGUUAAAGUCCCACAAGGCGAAGCGUUAUACAUAGCCAGCGAGUCUUCAAAUGAAACCCAGAGAUGUUUGUGUGGUAUGGGCCGGGGAUUUGUGAUGAGACUCCAAGAUAACACCAGGCAGGAGGCACUCGUGUUGUCGAGAAGGCUCGCCGCUGCCUCCUGCUGCUUUCCUUGCCGGCUACAGGAAUUAAAAGUAGUCACUCCACCAGGCGACUACAUAGGUCGAAUACAGCAGCAGUGGACGCUAUUGGUACCAUUUUACCUGGUCCGUGAUCAGGCAGACAAUGUAUUAUUUCUGAUAGAAGGACCGGCUGCUUUUCGAAGAAGUACGCUAAUGAUUUCUGAAUUUAAAAUUUUGACAGGUGACUCGCUACGCGAAGUUGGCAGGAUUUCUCAUGGCUGGAACACGGAUGUCGGCAGUUUUACCACGAACAUUUCGUUCCCAGACUUAGCUGUUCAACCGAAACAUAAAGCCUUGCUAUUAGCUGCUGGAUUUCUUUUGCCUAUUGCUACAGUCAAAGAAAAAACUUGGAAAUAUCAACAGUACUAUAUAGGAGAUAGAGAUGAGGAGAGCAGACGAAAUGGGGACGGAGAAAAUACCUGGACAGGAGCUAAGGAAGGUUUAUUCGCAAUACUAUGCACGGUAUUGGGGACUACCACUGGCGCUUUCUUGGACCUGAGAACACGUUCGUUACUUACGAGGGACAUUUCUAUUGUAACAGCAUGCAUGGCUACGGGCCUAUUCUCCAAUAACGUUCGAUUUGGUCCCGGCGUGGAAACCCAUUCUAAUGUUACCGAAAACGUUGGGUUAUGGCGAGGAAAUAAACUGAUAAGACUUGCUUGGCGACCAGAGGCACCAAACGUUACUCCUGACUUCCUUACAAACCCUAACGGACAAAUAACUGUUGAACAAUUCAGAACUAUAGUCACUACCGAAAUUGAAACUGUGGGUGAAGUUAACAAUGCUUUAGAAUUGCUUAAGCAAAAAGGUGCAGAUCCACGUGUUGCUAUGGAGAAAUGGAUGAAAUUGUAUCCAAAACAUUGCACAGAUCUUGGUAGCAAACUUUGCCAAAUAGAUGUCUUUGAUAGAGAUUAUUAUAAAGGGAAAAUAUAUGCAUUACAAGAAGUCGAAAAAGUACCAGAAAGAGAAGAACAACUGAAAAUAGAUCAAAACUCGAAUGAAGAUACUCCGCAAGACAAUUUUACAUUUUACGCUUGGAAUAAUAGUAGAGUUAUGAUAAAUAUAAUGAAACAUUGCUAUAAGCAUGAAAGACAAAGAAAUAUAACAAGAAUAAAUCUAAAGUCUAUCUUAUCUGGGCCAAGAAACAAUUUUAAACCAACUGGUAAUCAUGAACUUAACUGCAGGUCGUUACUUAUGGCUAGUUAUUUAGGGUAUAUAACAGAAGUAGCAGAACUCAUUAACACAGAAAAUGUUCUUCCCGAUGUUUCAGACAUUCAAGGAAAUACUGCUAUCAUGUAUGCUGCUGUCGGAGAUCAAAUUGAAGUAAUUCAUUUUCUCGUGGAAGCUGGUGCUAACAUAAAUUAUUAUAAUGAUUGUUGUUGCACACCACUAGGAGUUCUUUUAAUGAGAUAUACCUGUACCCAGAGAGAAAUUCCAUACAACGCGAUGGUUCAAGCUUUGUUACCUUCUACGACGAUUGCACCUCGUAAUGUUAUUCUAUUUCUAUUCCACAAGAUUUUUAAUACUAUAAUAAAUAAUUUAAUUUUACAUAUUCAUUCUUCAAAUUUUACAACAGCAGCAAUAGAACCCAAUAUUGUUGAGUGGAAUAUCGUGCGUGAAUUGACAUGUCAAAGUCCCGGUGGUUUACUAACUAAGAGUCCCAGUAAGAUCACAAGGAACUUGAGCUCAAAGAAAGUUAAAUCUCUCAUGUCAAUAAAAGAUCAACCAACUUCGAAAAGAAAGCAAACUGACGCUGGAUUACCGAAAAUUUCCGAACCCGAAUAUGAACCCGAGGAAACGUUUACAGAUGAAAAAAUAUUAUAUAACAAUCUUAAUCGAGAGUAUUGUAUUAAAAUAACAGAUGACUUCACAUUGCCAUUUGGUACUAACAACAGUCAAUAUAUUUUUGAAAUAAACGACAUGGUCAAGGAAAUUGAAGCAUUCGAUGAAGAAUUAAAAAAACCAGUAGAAAAAAAUCCAAAGAAAGUUAUAUCAAAAGUAAUUAAAGAUACUAUGAAAAUUAGCAAGGAUUUGAUGUGGCAGAAUAAUGAAAUACAAUCAAUAGACAGCGAACAAAAACUUAAAAACGAUAAACUAUCCCGGAUUAUGCAAACCAUUACUCAGCUACUCGAGGACGGUGCUGAUCCAAAGUUAGUUCAGUGUCCACAACCAGCGUUAUUCAUAGCUGUCAUGUCUAACAGUUCAGACUUAAUACGAAGUUUAAUUAACUCCGGCGCUGACAUCAAUGAAAUGUAUCCGCGGGUUUACCACUAUACACCAUUAGAUAUCGCUAUAUCUAAACCAUAUAACGCUGAAAAUUUGGAAAUAGUAGCAACGUUGUUGGAAUGUGGAGCAGACACAAGUCAUGUAUUAAAAUAUCAGCAAGAAGACAAGGAUUCAGAUAUACGUCGUCAGCUUGUGGAGUUAUUACUACAAUAUAACUGUGAUCCAAUAGCCCAGUUUAAAGGCAGUUCCGCAAUAGAUGUAGCGAUGAACCAUAACUUCGAUCUCCUCGAUGUAUUUAUAAAGAAUCCUAAAACGAAUCUUAAUGCGAAAAUUAAUAGCUCUAACCAAAGCAUCCUUGUCAAAAUGUUUAGCAAUCCAUUCUUUAGAAACGCUCCAAGUGGAAGUCGAUUGCAAACGUUCACAAAUCUUUUAUCCUACGGAGCUGAUCCGCUUAUCGAAUGUCAAAAUGGUGAACAAAUUUACAGCAAUAUAUUCGCUUUCGCAAAGAAAACUCUUUUCGAAAUGGAAAAUGCUCCAGGAAAAGUAUCUCCUACAGUUGGCAAACAAGAUUCCAAAGCGAAGAAAGCUGACAAACCAAAAAAGGAUGAUAAAUUAAGUACUAAAUCCAUUGCAAAAAUGGCGGUAGACGAUAUUGAAGAUUACAGACAAGCAAUCGAACAAGUAACAGACUGUGCGAGACUUAUUUACAUAAGAUGGCUGCAGUCCAGACUUGUCAAAGAGAUGAUUAAAGUAAUCGACAGAUACAAACAUAGACAGUGGAAUAUGAUUUUUAAAGAAUUUAAAGACACAAGAGGUCAUGGACUUUGGCUUACACCUCAACGAUCAUUGGAAAUAUGGAGUAUAUUAUCUAAAACUAAAAAGAAGGCCUACAAUGAUGAGCGAAAUCUGAGACAUCUACUUUGUAUUUCCAUUUACGUGUCGUGGAGAAGUUUUGAGCCUUUAAAAAAUAUUAAGUUAUCCGUCACACCAUUAACGGCUUCUCUUAAAAGCGUUAUAGAAACUGAUGUGACGCGAAUGUUGCGACAGUACAGAAGAAAUAUAAAAUCAUCAGACAUUAAACCAUGGGAAUAUUCCUGUGUGAAACCAGAAUUGAUGAAAGAUGUAAGUAACAACAUAUAA